AUGCAAUUUCUGCUCCAUUACGAUAAGCAGGGCUGUUUCGAAGAACCUAGUGAAAGUAUUGGCUUCUUCUUCGCGAACCGCCGCGUAUAUCGAUCCCGAUGCCUGAUAUUCACUCCCAACAACCGUGCUGGCCCGGGACCGCAACUAUUGGUCGGCUACUUCCAGUACGGGUUCCUUGAGAAGGCGCGGGUUCGGAAACUUGAAGCUCCUCGAAACCCAGGCCUAGGUGGCAACAUCUCCGGCGCGAGACUGUCCCUGAAAAAGUUGGCCAAGGCGACCCCAGACGAAGCAUCUCGAGACCCGUUUUUCGUCUGUCUCUUGCUCUCUCUUGCGCAGCGCCAGGCGCGCAAGUUGGCCUCGCCACAGCAAACGACUUACACGCCACAUCACCGUUACUUUAUCUACCUGUACGAAGCCGAAAUCACAUCCCAGCUUCUCGAGUCGCUUGACAAGCCGACCCAGGCCACGGACCGCACGCCCUGGCCUACCGUCAAGUUCAAGAGAAUACCAUUCAAGCCGUUCAAGGACUUCCAAGCGCGACUCAUUGCUGAGCUACUGGCUCCCAGUCCCCUAGGGCAUGAUGAGGCUCUAGAGGCCAGAGAUGGUACGAGCAUUGUCAAAGAAUAA